ACAAUAAAGAAGUCAUAUACACAAGCAAAACAAAACUCCACCCUUUCCUUUUUUCAACCAUUUAUUAGAUUCCUUCAAUGGGUCUUUCAUUUGUCCAUUAAAUUGUACAAAUUUUCAGCUGAUUGCUCAAACCAAAAAAAAAAAAAAGAAAGAAGAAAAACCCAUCUCAAAUCCCUUAAAAAAGUUGUUCAUAAUUUUAUUUUUUUGCUAUUUUCAGUGGGGUUUUCUGGGACUUUAAGAUACAAACUCUUCUGUGUAGUCUUGAGUUUUUUUUUUGGGUGUGUUUUUUGCAGAAAAAUUUGUUAUUAAAAGGUUGAACAGAAUUCAAAAACUUAUAAAGAUUAGAUUUUUAUACUUUUUCCUUAUCAUUUCUUAAGUAAAAAAAAACUUUUAAUUAUUGGUGUAAAGAUUUAAUCUUUGGAUGGGAAAGGAAGGACCUUGCUAUCACUGUGGUGUUACAAGCACUCCACUUUGGCGUAAUGGACCGCCUGAAAAGCCAAUACUGUGCAACGCAUGUGGAUCUCGGUGGAGAACAAAAGGGACUUUGGCAAACUAUACUCCUUUGCAUGCAAGGGCAGAACCUUGUGACUUUGAGGAACACCGAGUUUCGAGGUUCAAAAACAUGCCCAUGAAGAACAAAGAGGCAAAGGUUCUGAAACGAAAACAAAGUCAUGAUAUGGUUGAAGUUGGAAGUCCUCCUGAUUAUAAUUUUGGUUUCCGAAAGUGUUUAGAUGAAGAUACUAGCAACAGGUCGAGUUCUGGUUCCGUUGUCUCAAACUCCGAGAGCUGUGCACAAUUUGGUAGUGCUGAAGCAAGUGAUUUGACGGGCCCGGCGCAAUCCAAUAUAUGGGAUACAACGGUGCCGUCAAAGAAGAGAACCUGUUUCAAUCGGCCAAAGCCAUCUUCAGUCGAGAAGCUCACCAAAGACCUAUAUACCAUCUUACAUGAACAACAGCAAAGUUCAUGCUUCUCUGCAUCCUCUGAAGAUGAUUUGCUUUUCGAGAGUGAAAAGCCGAUGGUUUCGGUUGAGAUAGGACAUGGGAGUAUGCUAAUUCGGCAUCCUAGUUCGAUAGGUAGAGAAGAAGAAUCAGAAGCCAGCUCUCUUUCUGUUGACAACAAGCACCGUUCUGUCAAUGAGGCUUAUUCACGAUUGACUACCCGACCUGUAAAUAUUAUUAAGGGUGUCAAUUCACCUAAUAUGGGUGCCGACAGAACCAAGAAACCUAUUGGUCAGGCUGUGGAACAAGACCAGAUUAAAAGAAACAAAGAGAAACUUGAAACACUACAGAUUCUUGGACAUCAUAAUUCACCCCUUCGCUAUAUAGAACUGAAGGAUGUACUUAAUUAUGAAGAAUUCAUGAGGCAUUUAUCAAGUGAUGAACAACAACAGCUACUAAAGUACUUACCGCCUGUUGAUUCUUUUGCGCCUCCAGAUAGUCUUAGAAGCAUGUUCGAGAGCUCUCAAUUUGAGGAAAACGUCUCUUCCUUCCAGAAACUUCUUGCAGAAGGUGUUUUCGAUAACUCAUUGCCAGGAGUAAAAUUAGAAGAUUGUAGAACAUUGAAGAGGUUUAUAUUAUGCUAUUUAUCAAAGUCAAAGUGGGUGGAACAAUAUAAUCUACUCAAGGACACAAAAUGUAAGAAUAGUAGCAGCGGUUCUGAAGUUGCAGGAGAGCAAAGUGUUGUCGGCACAUGUCAUUCAGUGAAUGCGAAGAGACCACGGGAGGGGCCACAUCUAAAGUAUUCGGGUGCAAAGACAACAAUGAAGAGCCCCAAGAGUGCGGUGAUGAAAAGCAUCUAUGAGCAGAAGGAACUAUUAGACAAUGAUGGUUCUUACUCCAGCCCAAAAAGCUCGUUCGCCUUGCCUUCUGAGACUAGUUCCCUCGUACUGGAUUCUUUCCGUUCUGCAAACGAAAAUUCUGAUCAGGACUUGCUGCUGAAUGUGCCAUCCAACAGCUACUUCCCUCAAGCAGAACUACUCUUACCAACAUCAAGUUUUACUCCUCAAGCGAGUGCUAGUAGUAGCUCAAUGUAUCCUUCACAUCUCGUCCGUCCCUAGCCAUAUUAUCACACUUUGCUUGCUUUCUUUAUAUCUCAAAGCUAGUUAAGCCAAACAAUAUGAUAGUGUUGCAUAUCCCAUGCAAACUUAUAUAUGGAAUUUGCCAAAGGGGCUCGGAUGGUUACCUUUUCGCGGUUGACCUAUUUUGAAACCAAAUUUUGGAUUUAGCAAAUGGAUAUGAUUGUUUUUCCCUUUUGUAUAGGUUGAUAAAACAAUGUAAAAUAUAGCUGAAAAUGCAGAAGUGGUAAUGAAUGGCUAGAAAUAUUGUAUGCAGUGAAAUUUUUGGCUUAA